GGGAAAAAAGAUAGGGGAAAGAUGGGAAGCAAUCUGUCAGUUUAUGGGAAGGAAGAGAGACAUACGACUUUCAUUUCCCUCACUGUACAAUUCUUGAUCCCUCAAGCAACAGACAAGCAGCCAAAUUUCUAAUUAAAACAAUCGAACCAAACCCAAAACAAAAAGUUGAGCAUAAGUAAAGGAAUAAUACUAGUAAGAAAUCCAGUGUUGAGAAAAGCAACAUGAUAGUAGUAAUAAUAGCAAUGGCAGUCCACUGAUAGCUUGCUUUCUCCUUUUUUUUUUUUGGGAGUGUUAGAUUGAAAGCAAUUUGGUUUCAUUUUCAUGGAUUACGAAAGAAUACAAAAGCCUCAGGGAGGAGGUGGAUUUUCCCCUGCCAAGCUAAGGACUAUGCUGUUAGGAGUAGAGAAGAAAAGAAAACAAGAAGAAGAAGAACAAGAAGAAGUUGAAUCUUCUAUAGAUUUAAGAUCUCAACUUUCUCACCUUGAUGAUACAGGGGGAAGUGGUUCAGAUAGUUGCAAAGAUGUAGAUGUGGUGAGUGUGCUUCCAGAAUGUUCGACUUUGACGACAGCUGAUUCGAUGGCUGCUGUCCAGAAUGGUAGUGAACGGAGGUUAAAGGAUCAUUCUUUAGGCAAUACUCGAAACCGCUUCAUUGAGGAUCAUCCUGGUUUAGAUUAUGAUAGUGGACAUGACAAUAUGAGUGUGUCCUCCUCGUCCGUCUUUGAGUUUCAGAAGACUGAACGGGCACAACAAAGAGUUCCCAUUGGGCCGUUUUCGAAACCGGCACCUUCUAAAUGGGAUGAUGCUCAGAAAUGGAUAGCUAGCCCUACUGCGAAUCGGCCAAAGACAGGGCAGGGUGGACAAGGGGUGGGAUCAAGAAAAGGUGGUAACUUUGGUUAUGGGAGACAAUCAUCCACUAAGGUGGUUGUUGAAGUUUCUGAUCAAAAGAUGGUUGCUCUUGAAGAACCGGAUACAAAACGGAUUGAUAUGAAUCAUGCUAAGAAGGAUAACGGGUUGCAGAAGUUUGUAAAUUGGGAGAGUAAUCCAUACCCAAUCGUGGAUACAUAUGGGAAGCCCGUAUUGAUGUUUGAAAACUCUGUUGCAGAGUCAGCUAUUAGUCUUAGCCAGCAUGAUUCGUCAAUGUCUAUACAUAGUGCUACUACAUUUAUUCCUCCUCCUUCAACAGCUAGAUCAGUAUCCAUGAGAGAUAUGGGCACUGAAAUGACUCCUAUCGCUAGCCAAGAACCUUCAAGGACAGGAACUCCUGUGCGGUCAACAACACCAAUUCGCAGCCCGAAUUCAUCCAGGCCAUCAACUCCCAGCAGAGCUGUGCCAGUUUCAUCUCCAGCAAAUCCACCUUAUGACCACUUAGAUCUGAAGAUGGAGUUGUCGGAGAAGGAGCUACAAAUGAAAACAAGGAGAGAAAUUAUGGUUCUUGGGGCCCAGUUGGGUAAAACAAAUAUAGCUGCAUGGGCUAGCAAAGAGGAGGAGGAUAAAGAUGCAUCCACUUCACUGAAAACUGUAACACCAGAACAACCAGCUAAAAGUGUCAUUGAAACCCGUGCAGCAGCAUGGGAGGAGGCAGAGAAAGCCAAGUAUAUGGCCAGGUUCAAACGUGAAGAAAUGAAAAUUCAAGCAUGGGAGAACCAUCAAAAAGCAAAAACUGAAGCUGAGAUGAGGAAAAUUGAGGUUGAGGUUGAAAGGAUGAGGGGGCGUGCUCACGAUAAGCUCAUGAAUAAACUAGCCGCUGCAAGGCACAAGGCAGAAGAGAAGCGUGCAGCGGCAGAAGCCAAGAGAAACCAACAAGCUGCAAAAACUGAGCAGCAAGCAGAAUAUAUUAGAAGAACUGGCCGCAUCCCUUACUCAUUUCCCUGCUGGAAUUGGUGUUCCUGAAAUCUAGAUUUCUCUAUAAGAUUUGCCUGCUCAAGUCAUAAACGUUUUUGCACUUCCCAAUUUCUAUCAGAUUUUUCUUUUUGGCCCUUUCAUGUCAUGCUGUUGUCAGGUAUCCAGCACCUCAUACACCCAUAUUGAAAAUAUCAAACUCCUUUGCACUCCCACUGUAAAGCUAAGUUGUUAUAGCAAAACCAGAUAAACUGGUCAAAUCUAAAUGCAGUUCUCUUUGCCUCUUUAUUCCUUUUUCAAACCUGUUGGGAUUGAAUUUUAAUUAUUUAGGGAUGUGUUUUGUGAAUUAUAUAUUUUAUUGGAUCAAUUACAAUUUACAUGUAUUUCUA